AUGGCUGCUUUGUGCAAGCGGAUCUUUUCUUGCCCCAGGAUCGCUCGCAAGUCCUGGGGACGAGUAGCACUACAGACUCGGCCCCAGAGCACUCACGCUGCAUCAACACCGAACGCCACUGUCACCACAUCCCCUGAAUUACCUCCUUCUCAUCGCUCGACGGAAACAUCCAGGUUAUCAACCCUCAAGUCUGCGAAGCCCUUCUCCGAGUUCCUCACCGAUACCUUUCAUCGUCAACAUGACUAUCUCCGCAUUAGUGUCACCGAGCGAUGCAAUCUUCGGUGCUUAUAUUGCAUGCCUGAAGAGGGCAUAGAUCUCUCGCCCUCGGCAAAGCUGCUCACAUCCCCGGAGAUCCUUUAUCUGUCCUCGUUAUUCGUCUCCCAAGGUGUGACUAAGAUCCGGUUAACGGGCGGGGAACCAACGGUCCGAAAAGACAUUGUACCGUUGAUGCAGGAUAUUGGCAAGUUGCGACCGAAUGGGCUUCGAGAGCUAUGUCUCACGACCAAUGGAAUCUCGUUACAUCGAAAACUGGAUCCGAUGGUGGAAGCCGGACUGACGGGAGUCAACCUGAGUCUUGACACGUUAGAUCCGUUCCAGUUCCAGAUCAUGACGAGACGCAAAGGUUUCGAGGCUGUGAUGAAGAGCAUCGACCGGAUUCUGGAAAUGAACAAGGUCGGUGCGGGGAUCAAGCUGAAGAUCAAUUGCGUCGUUAUGAGGGGAAUGAACGAACGGGAGAUCCUCCCGUUUGUGGAAUUAGGCCGUGAGAAGCCGAUUGAAGUGCGCUUCAUCGAGUAUAUGCCUUUCGGUGGAAACAAAUGGAAUCAGGGAAAGAUGUUCUCGUAUCAAGAGAUGUUGGCUGUCAUUCGCGAGCGAUAUCCGUCUUUCGAAAAAGUCGCCGAUCACAAGAACGACACGAGCAAGACGUACUGUGUGCCUGGGUUUGAAGGUCGUGUGGGUUUCAUCACAAGCAUGACACACAACUUUUGUGGUACCUGCAACCGGCUCCGCAUCACUAGCGAUGGGAAUCUCAAAGUCUGCUUGUUCGGUAACUCCGAGGUGUCCUUACGGGAUAUCAUCCGCAAGGAAAAUGGUGGGAGUCCAAUCGAUGUGGAAGCAAUGAACAAUUUGCAGCUGUUGGAAACAGUACAGACGGCGGCCCGUCUUCAUGACGAGGACGGGUUGGUAAAUGAGCGAGAGCGGGAGCUUCUCGAUGUCAUCGGCAUGGCCGUGAAACGGAAGAAGGCCAAACACGCUGGCAUGGCACAGUUGAAGGACAUGAAGAACCGGCCCAUGAUUUUGAUUGGUGGGUAG